AGUUAUCUGUGUGAUUCGGAACAAAACCUAGACGGUCCCUGGUAAUUUCAAUUUCCAACGACGCGGGAGAAGUACAUGAUGGAAGUGACGAAAGACCCUAAUUCAGAUUUCGAACUCGAACUCUACACCAUCCCAAGCUCUUCAAGAUGGUUCGCGUGGGAAGAAAUCCACGAAACGGAGAGAACAGCGUUCAAGGAAUACUUCGACGGAAACUCAAUAACGCGAACCCCUAAGAUAUACAAAGAGUACCGAGACUUCAUCAUCAACAAGUACAGGGAAGAGCCCUCGAGGAGGCUCACCUUCACCGAGGUGCGCAAGUCGCUGGUCGGCGACGUCACGUUCCUGCACAAGGCCUUCCUCCUCUUGGAGCAUUGGGGUCUGAUCAACUACGGCACCGCGCAACCUUCUUCCGGUGCGGACGCAGCGGAGGAGGAGGAGGAGCAUCGCAAGGUUCGUCUCGAGGAAGGCGCCCCUGGUGGGAUUCGUGUCGCGGCGACGCCGAAUUCGUUGAAGCCUAUGUUGUUGCCUCGCAAUGGGAAGAGUGGGGUGAAUGCGAGUGGGGCUUCUCUCAAAUUGCCGCCGCUGGCGUCGUACUCUGAUGUUUAUGGUGAUUUGAUUAGGCAGAAAGAGGGCAACUGUGGCCUUUGCGGUCACAAAUGUGGUUCUGGACAUUACCGAUGUACACAGGAUAAUUUCAUUAUUUGUAUUAAUUGUUUCAAAAGCGGGAAUUACGGGGAGAAAAGGUCCACGGAGGAUUUUGUAUUGAGUGAGUCAAGUGAAAAUAGUGGUAAGCAUGACACUGUCUGGACUGAGGCAGAAACUCUUCUCCUUCUAGAAUCUGUUUUGAAGCAUGGCGAUGAUUGGGAACUUGUUGCUCAAAGUGUUCAAACCAAGACCAAACUUGAUUGUAUCUCGAAACUCAUUGAGCUGCCCUUUGGGGAGCUCAUGUUGGGCCCUGCUCACAGAAAUGUUAACAUUAACGAUGCUAAUGGCAUCGUGAACAAUGCAAAACAAGUUCAAUCAUCUUCAUCUGAUAACCAAGAGAUUUCAAAGACAAAGGACCAAUCUCCUGAGUUUACAAAUGAAAAUGAGCAGAACGGAGAUGCUGUGAAGGAAAGUCCUUCAAAAAGACAGCGUGUUGCUUCCCUUUCAGAUUCCAGCAGUUCGCUAAUGAAUCAGGUGGGACUGAUCUCUAAUGUGGUUGACCCUCAUAUCACAGCUGCUGCAGCUGAUGCGGCUGUUUCAGCUCUUUGUGAUGAGGAUUUGUGUCCAAGGGAGAUAUUUGAUGUUGACGGUGAAGAAGGUUUAGAGAUGGAGAGGUCCUCUCUAUCAGAAAUACCUUUGACACUGCGUGUAAGAGCUGCCACUGCAACUGCUCUUGGAGCUGCUGCUGCACGAGCAAAGUUGUUGGCAGACCAGGAAGACAGAGAGAUUGAACAUUUAGUAGCAACUAUAAUUGAAGCACAGAUUGACAAAAUGCUACAGAAGGUUAAACAUUUUGACGAUCUGGAGCUAUUGAUGGAAAAGGAACACGCUGAAAUGGAAAAUAAAAAAGAUUCUAUCUUGACUGAACGGAUUGAUGUGUUACGGAGAACAUUUAGAUCUGGAGUCACUAGAUGGAAAGAUUAUUCUUAUGUAAAAUCUUAGACCAGUUGAUUGUAGUACAAAUUAUUUUUAAAUAAAGUUGAUUGAAUGAUGAAUCAAGAAAAUCGUGAUUGAAUCAAAUGUUUUUUUUUUCCUUAAAAUUAAUAUAAUUUGUUAUUCUUAUCAGAAAAUAUGGACCUGCUUGUUUAUUAUUUUAAAAAAAUAUAUUUUUUUGUCUCUAAAAUCAAAAGAAAAAUAUUACUUGACAAUGAGUUUUGUCACUUGGGUGAAAUUAUUUUUAAAAAACAUUAUCAGUGUUUUUGUUUUUAGAACACUUUAGCUGGAAGGGUGAGAGAGACGGAGACCUUGUCUGGGAGGUGGUGGUUUGAGUGGGGCCCCCUCAUGUCCUCAUCCACGUGGGUAUCUAAGCCGAUGGAGGAGCUCUAUGAGGAAACUGGUAACAGGAUUACCAUCUUGACCCGGCAUCUAUUGCCAAUAUUGACUUCCAAAUUAUGUGGAGUUUUGCUUUGUUUUUGUAAAAAAAUUGUAGCUCCUUACGUGUUCAGAUUUUGGAUUGGAUUAAUCUCUUUUGUGGUUUUGUUGUGGGUCUAUCUGUAUUAAUGAAAGUGAGAGUACAUGGCAUGUGAAAUGGGUGUUACUGUUGAAUUUAUCAACUGAUUGAUAUUUAUUACAAAUAA